CAACAAUAUUUUAUAUGAAAUCUAAUAAAGAGAGAAGCCUAAGCUUUACUAUAAAAGGAGUAACAAAGAUGCACUACAAAGAAGAAAACACACACAGAGACUUAUCUCUCUCUCUCUCUCUCUCUCUCCUCUAUUCUGAUCACCGUGAUCACGUAGAGUGCCGUAAAGGAGAAGAAAUAAACAAACAAACAAACAAAAAAAGAGAGAAAAUGGGAUUUCCUUUUGAAGAAACCUUAAGCUCUAACCCAAAAAACACAAUUGUCGUUGAUGAUGAUACCGAGUUGGGUUUGAUGGCCGUGAGACUUGCGAAUGCCGCCGCCUUUCCAAUGGUUCUCAAGGCCUCUCUCGAACUCGGUGUCUUUGACACUCUCUACGCGGAAGCCGCUCGCACGGACUCAUACCUGUCGCCAUCCGAGAUAGCAAGUCGGCUACCAACCGCGCCACGUAACCCUCAGGCACCGGUUUUGUUGGACCGCAUGCUUCGUCUACUAGCUAGCUACUCCAUGGUCAAGUGCGGUACAGUCUCAGCCGGAAAGGGCGACAGAGUCUACAGAGCCGAGCCAAUUUGCAGGUUCUUCUUGAAGGACAACAUUCAAGAUAUUGGAUCCCUUGCUUCUCAAGUCAUUGUCAAUUUCGACAGCGUCUUCCUCAAUACUUGGGCACAAUUGAAAGAUGUGGUGCUAGAAGGAGGAGACGCAUUUGGCCGUGCACAUGGUGGCAUGAAACUCUUCGACUAUAUGGGUACAGAUGAGAGAUUCAGUAAACUCUUUAACCAGACCGGAUUCACCAUCGCGGUCGUGAAGAAGGCUCUUGAAGUCUAUGAAGGCUUCAAAGAUGUGAAUGUAUUGGUUGAUGUGGGUGGAGGAGUUGGCAACACCCUUGGUGUUGUUACUUCUAAAUAUCCUAAUAUCAAAGGUAUCAAUUUUGAUCUGACUUGUGCCUUGGCACAAGCACCUUCUUACCCUGGGGUGGAACAUGUCGCCGGAGAUAUGUUUGUGGAAGUUCCAACCGGAGAUGCCAUGAUCUUAAAACGUAUACUUCAUGAUUGGACCGAUGAAGACUGCGUCAAGAUUCUAAAGAAUUGUUGGAAAUCUCUACCAGAGAACGGUAAAGUUGUUGUCAUAGAAUUAGUCACUCCUGAUGACGCUGAAAGUGGAGACAUCAACGCGAACAUUGCUUUUGACAUGGAUAUGUUGAUGUUCACUCAAUGUUCUGGUGGGAAAGAGAGGUCACGAGCCGAGUUCGAAGCUUUGGCUGCAGCUUCUGGCUUCACCCAUUGCAAAUUUAUUUGCCAAGCUUAUCACUGUUGGAUUAUUGAGUUCUGUAAAGAAACUGUUUAAAAUAUAAUACUAAAUCCUCAUCAUUGUUAAUUCAUGUUUUGUUUGAAAUGGUCAUAUACCGUUGUCGUUUUCUUCGAGCUAUAUGAAAUAAAAUAUAAGCUUUUUUUUAUUGAUUUUCUGAUUGUACUCAGCUAUUAUUAAUAAGCCACAUGUAAUUCAUUCGUUUACUCUUGAAGAUCUCAAAGUUCUCACACAAGAGCAUA